AGUAAGGGUCGUACGGUAAACUCCAAUAGUAGCCGAAUAACAGAUUAUUGAGCUUUAAGAAUAGAUUUUUUUUUAUAAAAAAUACCACCAGGAAGUUUACUUUCGUUUUUAUCCAGUAGAGUCCCUAUAAACUUUAACAACCACGAAUAUUUCCUACAAGAAAGUCCGUCUACAUAACGUGUUAACCAAGGCGUAAGCGCUGUGUGCAAUUGCUGCGCGUGGCCAAUAUCCAGACUCCAGAGGUUAUAAAUGUUUUAUGAAAUAAUCUAAUCAAGUUACAAGCACGUAAUCGAAGAUUGAUGUGCUCAAUAAUUUUUUACGUGUAAAAUGACAGCGCUUGCUCUAUUGCAUAGGAAAGUAAGCAGAACUUUUCAAUAUUUAAAAACUUCAGCGUUCCUCCGGAGGCAAUCUCGAAUUGUUGCUCGUCAUGAAUCCAGUUUUGUACCAAAGCGAGUGCUAAUAUUGACCAAGGUAUCACGUUACUAUUUCGAAAAACUGCGUGAACCAAAUCUCAGUGAAUCUCAACUUAGGACUAAACUCAUCGAGAGAGGAUCUGACUAUGACGCAUUAAUCACCAGCCACAAUAAUGACCGCAAGAGAGAAUUGGAGACAAGAACCGUUUUGGAAGAAUUGAAUAUUGAAUAUAGAGUAACAAAUAGGUUAACGAUAGAUCGUAACACUUUCGACUGGGCAGACCUGAUUCUACCGAUAGGUGGAGAUGGAACUUUUUUAUUCUCAUCAAAUCUGAUACGUGACAACAAGAAGCGUAUAAUGGGCAUAAAUUCUGAUCCAUCGUCGUCAGAAGGGUAUUUGAUGCUACCUGAGAAGUACACAAGAGACAUAAGAUUGAUAUUUGAGCUUCUCAGAUCGGGUGAUUACAAUUAUGUCAUGCGAAGUAGAAUUAGAACUACCCUCAAGGGUAAGGGGAUUUGGAACCCGCCCUUUCAUAUGCAUGAAAAGUGGAGAGUGGCUGGCGAAGAGAAGCAACGGGUCAAAUAUACAGACAAAGAUACUGCUGCAGAGAACAACCACAUCCUUGGAUUUUACGUGGAUGACGCAUUUAAGGCAGACACAAUAGCAGAGAUGCCAAAGGAGAGACGACUUCCAUGGCUGGCUUUAAAUGAAGUGUUUGCUGGUGAAUCACUGUCGGCAAGGACAAGCACUUUGGAAGUGAAUUUUGGGGACGAAAUUUCAUGGUUCAAAGUAAAGAGCUGCGGGUUAUGCGCCAGCACUGGGACGGGAUCAACGUCUUGGCAUAAAGCAAUCAACAGUUUGAGUCCGCAAGUUGUUGACGACAUUCUAAAACUUGCGAAUGUUAAAAUUGCGUCUAGUGCAAAAACUGAGGAUAUAUCAAUGGAGUACAAUAAGAGACUGCAGUUUCCCGCAGAGGAUACAAAAAUUGCAUACACAAUUAGAGAUAUGAUUGUGGGACAAACGUUACCGUCGCCGAAAGGAAUUCAAUCUCGCGGAUAUUGCAAGAAGCUGAUCAUUCGUUCACAUUGCUUCGACGCAGGACUAGUACUAGAUGGUGGUAUCGCUGUUCCCUUCAACGAUGGAACAAUUGCAAUUAUGGAAAUCCAUCCUGAAGAUUCACUAAGAACAAUUAUGCUUAGAGAGUGAAGAACAAAGUUAAUAUAAAUAGUAACAAUUUCCAAAUAAAUUAAUUUUCAACUGGAAAAAAUGACGUUAGUUGAAGAAUGAUACUUAAGAAGCAAAAAGAAUUUUUAUAAUAUAUUGUACGCGUAAAUGACUUUUUUUUAAACUCAGAAUAUACUUAUUUAUAUAUAAGUCGUUCGUUAUUCACGGACAAUUUGUUUUAAAUUAGACCUUUCAUUAUUCACCUUUAUUCGUUUUCAUCUGAGAUUUACAAUGCAAUAUAAUACGUAUUAAAUAGCUGAAAACGUAAAAGUAUAUUAUCAUUAGACUAUAAAUACACAGCGGAUAAUCAUUCCAUAAUUUGUAUAUUUCUAAAGACAAAAGUAAACGUUUGUUAAUUGAUUACAGGUAUAAUACCUAUCAAGCGUGAUUGUAGAGAAUUAUACUAAUAGAAAAAAUAGAUUCGGCAACGUGAAUUAGGUAUAUAUAGUUUGUACAUACGUAGGUAUGUCAGAUGAGAAAUAAGUUGUUAAAAAAAAAUAAUAAUUUCUUGAUACACACAGUGUAAAUGCCAGUGACCACAUCAAAUAUCUCAACCCUCCUAAUAUUAUACUGAUAUUUAUCCUAACUGAAAUACGCUGACAUCAGUCUAUGCCUAACUGUACUUUCAUGUCCUGCUUCAUUACGCCAUACAAUAAACGUAGAAUAACAAGCAACAAUGGACAUAGCGCAUCUAUUUUUUCUUUUUUUUAGUUUACUUCACAAUUAGACAGAGCGCAUAUAUUUUUUUGAUUGCAGUACACUUCGGCUCACAUGCAUCCAUAGUUGUGAUAAUGCUGGUCAGCUUUACUAUUGGUAAUGUGUUCUGUAGACAGGCGUUAUUAUUUUUUUCUCUAUCGUGUUUUCGUUAAUUUUUUGUUUUAUUUUCAAUCAGACUUCAGAAUAGGAUGCUGGUCUG